AGCCAGGCCGGCGGGGCAGGGACACGGAGGCCCAGGACCCCGGGCUGAUCGGUAACUACAAAGAAAGAAGAGGCUGUGCCUUCCUCACCUACUGUGCCAGGGACUCUGCGAUCAAGGCCCAGACCGCGCUGCAUGAGCAGAAGACCUUGCCUGGGAUGGCGCGGCCGAUCCAGGUGAAGCCUGCGGACAGUGAAAGCCGCGGAGGGGACCGGAAGCUGUUUGUGGGCAUGCUGAACAAGCAGCAGUCGGAAGAGGACGUGCUGCGGCUCUUCCAGCCCUUCGGGGUCAUCGACGAGUGCACGGUGCUCCGGGGCCCCGAUGGCAGCAGCAAAGGCUGUGCCUUUGUCAAGUUCUCCUCCCACACGGAGGCGCAGGCAGCCAUCCACGCCCUGCACGGCAGUCAGACCAUGCCGGGCGCCUCCUCAAGCCUGGUGGUCAAGUUUGCAGACACGGACAAGGAGCGAACGCUGAGGCGCAUGCAGCAGAUGGUGGGCCAGUUGGGCAUCUUGACACCCUCCCUCACCCUGCCCUUCAGCCCCUACAGUGCCUACGCCCAGGCUCUUAUGCAGCAGCAGACCACGGUCCUGUCCACCUCGGGUAGCUAUCUGAGCCCAGGCGUGGCCUUCUCCCCCUGCCAUGUCCAGCAAAUUGGCGCCGUCAGCCUCAACGGGCUGCCUGCCACGCCCAUUGCCCCCGCCUCGGGCCUGCACUCACCCCCGCUACUAGGCACUGCUGCCGUGCCUGGCCUUGUGGCACCCAUCACCAACGGCUUCGCAGGGAUCGUGCCCUUUCCUGGAGGGCACCCGGCCCUGGAGACAGUGUAUGCCAAUGGCCUCGUGCCCUACCCAGCUCAGAGCCCCACGGUGGCUGAGACACUCCACCCUGCCUUCUCUGGAGUCCAGCAGUACACAGCCAUGUACCCCACCGCGGCCAUCACGCCCAUCGCCCACAGCGUGCCCCAGCCGCCGCCCCUCCUGCAGCAGCAGCAGCAGCGAGAAGGUCCCGAGGGCUGUAACCUGUUUAUCUACCACCUCCCCCAGGAGUUUGGAGACACGGAGCUGACCCAGAUGUUCCUGCCCUUCGGCAGUGUCAUCUCCUCCAAGGUGUUUAUGGAUCGGGCCACCAACCAGAGCAAGUGUUUCGGCUUCGUGAGCUUUGACAACCCGGCCAGCGCGCAGACCGCCAUCCAGGCCAUGAACGGCUUCCAGAUCGGCAUGAAGAGGCUCAAAGUGCAGCUGAAGCGGCCCAAAGACCCGGGACACCCCUACUGACCCUGCUCACGGCCGUGCGGAGGGAGGCUGCGGGCCUGGCCCAGGUGAGCCGCCAGGCGGCCCCGCCCGCCCCGCCCCGCCCCCGUUCUCCACACCCUCCCUCUGCGCCCACCCUCCGCGCGCAGAGGCAGCUGCGUGGAAGACUCCUGGGACAUCCCCCCCACCCCGGCCAAAGGUUGGGUUGGUGGCCACAGAGCUGGACAAAGACACCCCAAAGCUGCAGUGGUCAGGGCAGGGAGAGGGGGGAGUGG